UCUGUGGGCGAGCAGCUCGACUUUUGGCUCUUCUGACGGUGGGAACCAUGGCUUUGCACCGUUUAUGUGGAAUGUUCGUUUUCCUCUGUGUAUGCCUGAUUUCAUUAACACAACAUUGCGAUGGAGGAAACAUCCUAGUUUUCCCUGUAGAUGGCAGCCAUUGGGUGAAUAUGAAAAUCCUGCUAGAAGAGCUUCAUGCCAAAGGACACAGCCUCACUGUGAUCAGGGCCUCCAAGAGCUGGUACAUCCCAAAAAAGUCUGAUCUUUACACAUCCAUUACAAUUGAAAUUGGUGAAGACGGAGACAACUUCUUCGAGGUUUACCUUCAGGAGCAUAUGAAGGCACAGAGAGAAGGGGCUUCACUGAUGACUUUCUUCAAACUCACCAAGGAUUUUCUUUCUAUGAUUUCUCAGGCUCAUUCACUGUGGUCUGAGGUUGCCACAAAUAUUUUUGAUGAUCAAAAUAUGAUCAAAAGACUAAUAGAUUCCCAGUAUGACCUUGUCCUCACGGAUCCAGCCAUGGCACCAGGGGUUGUGCUAGCCAAAUAUCUCAAACUCCCCUUGGUGCUCAAUGUACGCUGGAUCACCAGUGGAGAAGGCCACUUUGUGUUAGCCCCCUCACCACUCUCUUACAUCCCAGUACCAGGAUCUGGCUUAACAGACAAAAUGAGUUUCAUCCAGAGGAUCAAGAACAUAUUUUUCUAUAGCAUUGUUUUGUUCCAGCAGAAAUUCUUGGUGGGGCCAGUCUAUGAUGCCAUCUGUGAUAAGUAUAUUGAUGGUGGAUGUGACAUCAUCUCACUUCUUCAGGAAGCAGACAUUUGGCUCUUCAGGUCAGAUUUUGUGUUUGAGUUCUCUCGGCCCACUAUGCCAAAUGUUGUCUACAUAGGAGGAUUCCAGUGCAAACCAGCUCAGCCUCUGCCAGCGGAGCUGGAGGAGUUUGUUCAGAGUGCUGGGCAGCAUGGAGUGAUUAUCAUGACUCUGGGAACUUUAGUUAAUGCUUUGCCCGAAGAGGUUACAGAUGAAAUUGCCAGCGUCUUUGCCAAGAUGCCUCAGAAGGUGAUAUGGAGGCACAAAGGAAAGCGUCCCUCUACCUUGGGACACAACACUCUAGUAGUGGACUGGAUGCCACAGAAAGACCUUCUGGGUCACCCACAGACCAAAGUCUUUGUAGCUCAUGGAGGAACUAAUGGUGUCCAGGAGGCCAUUUACUAUGGUGUCCCUGUGCUCGGCAUACCCUUGUUCUUUGACCAGUAUGACAACCUUCUGCGUUUGCAGGAGAGAGGAGCUGGACAGAUCAUUCAGCUAGCUGAUGUUAAUGGUCACAAUUUUGAGAAAGCUCUUCACAAAUUGCUCCAUCAAGAGAGCUACAGGCAGAACAUGCAAAGACUGUCACAUUUGCACAGAGAUCAGCCAAUAACACCCAUGGAGCAGGCCGUCUUCUGGGUAGAAUAUGUGAUGCGCCACAAAGGGGCUCCUCACCUGCGUACAGAGGCUUACAAGAUGCCCUGGUACUCAUACUACAGUUUAGAUGUUCUUCUUCUAUUGCUGUCUGUAGUCAGUGCUCUGCUCCUCUCUAUUUUUGCUAUUUUUAGAUGUUUGUGUUGCCAAAGAAGAAGAAAGAUAAAAACCAAACAAAGCUAAUUAAAGCCAUACUUUAUUAGAAAUAAUUCUCUAAAGCAUUGCAUU